AUACACGUACACACAUACACACAUAAUAAGCCCUAUCUCCAUAGAGGAAGCCACACAGAUCUCUUGGAUUGAAAAUGCUUGUCCUGUUGGUGCCCACACUGCUGUUUGCAGUCUGCGGAGAUUCACUGCAGUUGAAUGGAGUCGUUGGAAAGUCCGUUUUGCUUCCCACGGAGGAGCGACUACUCAAAGGAAUUGGUUACAUGAAUUGGAAAAAGAACAGCGAUGAUAUCAUCACAUUAGUGAGAAAAUCUGAAAAAUCAUCAUUUGAAAUCCGGCAUAUAGACUCAAACUUCAAAGGGAGAUUGAUCGUGAAUAAUGACACUGGGGCUCUAAAAAUCAACAAUCUGAGAGAAGAGGAUUCUGGGGAAUAUGUCUUUGGCGGUUUAGUAUCAUCCAGGUCCCUGAAGCCAGUGACAUAUGAACUGCAAGUUUAUGAGAUGAUUGACUCAGUGCAGAUAACCACCCAGGUCAAUAACAGCACAGACGGCUGUAAUGUGACCCUGAGUUGCAGUGUGUUUGGAAGCCACUGGGUGGUGCUCUUCUGGUCCACAAAUGGAGGCAACAUUCCCGGAACAGAGAACAAAACUACCCUGACUGUGUCCCCCACCCUGGCAGAAGAGAUCUACACCUGUACGGCCAAGAACCCCGUCAGCUCCCAAAGCAGCAGUGUGACAGUCAAGUCCUGCCAACCUCGCGCACCAUCUCCUGGCCUCUCACCAUGUGCAGUAAAGUCAGUGCUGUUCUCCAUGGGUCUGGUUGCCAUGGUUUCGGCUGUCAUCGCAGUUAAUGUCAGAGAGAGGUGCUGCAGAGAAAUGAGGACUGAGGAGGGAGGGUGAAUCUGAUAUUUGGUAUCUGUGUGUGUGUGUUAGAUUAGAUUACAUUACAUUAGAUUUGUAUUAAAAUUGAGUAAAUGAGAACUCUCACCCUGCCACAUUAUCUGGUUUGUAAAAGUGCAAGCUAAAAUUUGUGAAAAAUAUAUAAAAAACAGUAAGUAGUCCUUGCAAUGCCGUACAGUCCAUCUUUUAACCCACUGCUGGGAGGGAAAUGCCGACACAGAUUCUGAUUAUUGGUUUGUGCAAGCUUUGCAGUGAUUAAUUGUAGUAAUUGUUAGCCAUUAUUUGAUCUUAACAGUUUUCCUUACAAUGUUUUUUUGCUGUUACAGUAUGUUUUUCAUGUCUGUGAGCUUUUAUGAACUCUCAAAUGAAUCCAAACAAAUCAAAAUCAAAUUAAAUAUGAAAUAUAAA